AUGGUCGCCCAGCUGCCGCCCGAAGUCGCAGGCGUCGCCGUUGGCGUGCUUGUCUACAGUCUCGUCUGUUUAGCCAGCGGUUUCUUUCUGCUGUGGCUCGUCUGGAUUCACGAUGAGCGUAGGAGCUACGUCGCCCUGCUGGCCUCCAUGAUGACACUGCACACGGUCGCCUCCAUCGCCCAGCAAAUACACACCAUUGUACGGUGGCGCGACAUUAAGAUAGAGCAGUACGCGAACUUAGUCGCCAACGUCGGCAACCCAGAGCUGAAUAUCACGGGGGCAUCGACAGGUUUAGACCUGGUCUUGUUCUACAUCCAGUACUAUGCCUACAACGUCGAAUCCAUGGCCGUCUUCUUCUGGGCCGUCGGGCUAGCGAAGAGUAUCUUCCAGCUGCGCAUCACCAAGAUGUACCACCUCCACGCCAGCCUCUUCGCCCAGGGCUUCGCCACCGUCGUGCCCGCCGUACAGAUGCUCUUGCUUCGCUACAGUGACAUAAAUAAGAGCACCAUCGGGUUUAUGGUGCUGGCUAGUGCCAUCAUGGCCGCUUGUUUCGCCGGAGGCGCCCUUCUGCUCCUUGGCAUCCUGGCGUGCUACAUACACUCGCGCAUCACGCUCGCAUCCUGGAACGUCCGCUACGGCCAAGCCACCUCGGGCGGCUCCGGCACAAACGGCUCCCACUCCGGCACCCGCCCCGGCACCUCUAGCGCGGUGCAGCCGGCCCGGAUGCGCACUAUAUACGACAGGUGGCUCGUCCUGCGCUUCACCGUUGCCUUUGCCGCUCUAAGUCUCUUCCAAGUUAUAAUCAUUAACUUUCAGCUCCGCGCCGCCGCCACCAACAAGCGCGCCAACGUCCCGCCGCAGCCCGACCUCAGCGUGGACCGCGCCCGUGGCGACUUGGCGCUGUUUGCGCCCGCCCCGACGGCCGACUUGUUCGCCUUCAUCGUAUUUGGUACGACCCGCACGUUCAGGGAGUACAUGUGGAAUCUGUUCGUGCCGCGCUCGGUUAGGGAGAAGGUCGAGGUGCGGAGGAAGAGGAAGAGGGCGGUCGAGGCGAGUGGUGGGGAGGUCGAGGUGCUGCAUGAUGCUACGGGGAGCGCGGCGAGGGACUUGGAGGUUGGUAAUGGAGGAGUGGUGAUAGGGUUGGGGGUUACAGGAGUGAGGAGGGAGGAGGGGGAUGGGAAGAGCGACGAGUGGCCGAUUUUAAAAAGGGGAGUCGGGGAGAUGGUGAGGGAAAGGUGA